AUGUCCCUUGUCCGGGGCCAUGGAGACAUUGCAGCCACCACGGCGCCGCCUCUGUCUGAAGAAGGGGAAGUGACCUCCGGUCUCCAGGCUCUGGCUGUGGAGGAUACCGGAGGCCCCUCUGCUUCGGCCGAUCAAGCCGAGGAAGAGGGAGAAGGAGGCCGGGAGGAGGCUGAGCAUGAGGGGCCCGGGGCCGAGGAGGUGCAGGGAGAAGCCCCCAGCCCUGAGGGGGAGGAGCGUGCCAAGGGAGAAUCCGAGGACUGGUGCGUGCCCUGCAGCGAUGAAGAGGUGGAGCUGCCCGCAGAUGGGCAGUCCUGGAUGCCACCCCCCUCUGAAAUCCAACGGCUGUAUGAACUGCUGGCUGCCCACGGUACCCUGGAGCUUCAGGCUGAGAUCCUGCCCCGCCGGCCACCCACGCCUGAGGCCCAGAGUGAAGAGGAGAGAUCCGAUGAGGAGCCAGAGGCCAAAGAGGAGGAAGAAGAAAAACCACACAUGCCUACAGAAUUUGACUUUGAUGAUGAGCCAAUGACACCAAAGGACUCCCUGAUUGACCGGAGGCGCACCCCAGGAAGCUCAGCCCGGAGCCAGAAACGGGAGGCCCGCCUGGACAAGGUCCUUUCAGACAUGAAGCGACACAAGAAACUAGAGGAGCAGAUCCUUCGUACCGGCAGGGACCUCUUCAGCCUGGACUCAGAGGACGCCAGCCCCGCCAGCCCCCCACUCCGGUCCUCAGGGGGUAGUCUCUUCCCCCGGCAGCGGAAAUACUGAGGCUGCUUAGUCUGCCUGCUGGGGCCUUGGGCAAGAGGAGAGAUGCUCCCAGACUUCCACCACGACACCUUGCCAGAAAGAGGACUGAUGUGUGUGUGUGUGUGUGUGUGUGUGUGUGUGUUUAUGUUUUCCCUUGAACAUUUGUUAGGAGACCUGAGCCGAAUUUUCUGAAUCUAAAAUAAAAAAAUUAAAAAAACA